AACUUCUCAGGCUCAGAGAAACGAGCAAAGGAAUACAACAGCUCAUAGCGACUAUUGGAUUAUACUCCGAACACUAUACACACGUUGACUGGAUUUUAAUAUUUGCGAGCUCUUCCGGAGACUUGUGGAUUACUAUUAUUUGAAGCAAAAUGACCCUGGAAGAAGUCGUUGGAUGCAACAUUACUGAUACAAAAAUGGACACCGUGAGCCAAGCAUUGGAAGAGCUGCUGGUAGCAGCGCAGAGGCAGGACUGUCUCACAGUCGGCGUUUAUGAGUCUGCAAAACUAAUGAAUGUAGAUCCAGACUGCGUUGUGCUGUGCAUUCUGGCCACCGAUGAGGAGGAUCUGGACGACAUUGCGCUGCAGAUUCACUUCACGCUCCUGCAGGCGUUCUGCUGCGAUAACGACAUCAACAUCCUGCGGGUGUCCGGUCUGAGACGCCUGGCACAGGUGCUCGACGAGCCGACAACCGUGGAAAACAGCGAGCCCAGAGAUUUCCAUUGCAUCCUCGUCACUAACUCUCAAUGCCAGCCUCUCAAAUGCCAGGCACUAAAGGACGUGGGCAACUACUGCGAGGAGAGCCGUUGCAAAAACCAAUGGAUUCCUUAUCUGUCCCUGCAAGAACGCUGAACUAGUCGUGAUGCUGUUUCUGCAAUGAAAGGAUGAAAGAGUCAUUCUCUGCGAAUGAAAGCAAACGGGCUCUGCAACAGCCGCCGUUGACUGCUGCGUCAUGGGAUGGAGCUGUGUGAGAGAAAGUGGAGCUCCUGGAACUGUGCGCACGGUAUAUUCCACCCUGCCCCUCCAGCUUGUCGUGUCCUCUGUGGGGGGAAAGAAGUGGUCGUUUUUGGUAGCGGAGGAACAAGUUGUGGGAACAUGAGCUGUGAAAGCUGCCUGUCGGCGCAAGCUGUGCGAGAGAACUUGCACGCGGGCGGCGUGGGCGCGCGCCCGGCCCUCAUAUGUGCAAUGGGUUGGAAAGCGACGAGUGCAUACGUCACUAUAUCGCUGUGUGCGAGAUGAACAUUUUGAAAGACUGAGCUAAUAAUCUGUGUAUGUGCUGGAUGUUGUAUCUAUGAACUGCAUUUGCCUAUCAGUAUCUACACAUGGACUGAAAUCGCUUCUGUUUGUCUGCACUGAAUAGGACAGUGUUUGUGGAAAACAAAAUCUGUUGAGCUAAUGAGAAAUGCAUACUAUGAAUUGUUUUAAGUUAUUCCCAGUAAUUUAAACAGAGUAAUAUAUACAUUGCUGCUCAUGUCAAAUGCAAUGCUGUUUCAAUAAAUUGAUUGAGAAUUUAAA